UCUAUCUAUCAUUGAUUCUAUCUAUGAAUCAAGUCGAAAGACUUCGUUUUUGGGUUCCCCGAAGCCCCAAAUGGAUUGGAUCGUUUCUGCCAACAAAAUGAACGCGGAGCCCGUUCCGAAUGCUUCUCCGAUCCGGAAGUUAUCACGAAGAGAAUAAGAUGCUGCUCCCCCUCCCUCUGUCUUUUCUCGCUUUGCUAAUCUUCCCCUCUAACGCGGGCCGGGCGGCGGCGGGCGCGGGAGGAAGAAACCUAAGAGAAGACGCUCUUCUCUUAGGUCCUUUUUUUUUCAGUGCAACACAGGAAAGCGCCCUAUUUUUGUCAUCCCUGCAGCUUUCCAGAUUUUGUAUGGAACGCAUGGCGUAGCUAGGACCUUCAAAUCAUGUUUGAGCCUAUGCCAAACCCACCCCCUUAUUUGAAUAAGGCUGGAAAGAAUGCCCGCCAAGUUCAGAUAAGGGAAUGCUUCUCCCAACCAUUAAAGGAAAGGCUCGACGAAGGGAGGGAGAUGCGGCGGGGGAAGGAAAACGCUUUCGGAGAUCGAGAUUUUAUUUGUUUUUCAUCGAAAACGAAGAAGGGCGAGGAUGGCCUACGGUGCGUGUUAUCUGAAGGGAACACGCUUUUUCGACCGCGGUGGUAUGAUUCGAACCUACUUUCCUGUGCCGGAGGAGAACCAGAAAGAAGUAGACUUGAUCCAUGGCCGGGUGCAGAGGAGGUAG